UCUGCCAAGCAUGCCUGACCCAGCCAAGCCUGCGCCCAAGAAGGGCUCCAAGAAAGCCGUGAGCAAAACUGCUGGUAAGGGUGGCAAGAAGCGCAAGAGGACCAGGAAGGAGAGCUAUGCUAUCUACGUGUACAAGGUCCUGAAGCAGGUCCACCCCGAUACUGGGAUCUCUUCUAAGGCCAUGAGUAUCAUGAAUUCCUUCGUCAACGAUAUCUUCGAGCGCAUCGCUGGUGAGGCUUCCCGCCUGGCACAUUACAACAAGCGCCACACCAUCUCCUCCAGGGAGAUACAGACCGCAGUGCGUCUGUUGCUGCCCGGUGAGCUCGCCAAGCACGCCGUGUCUGAGGGAACCAAGGCCGUCACCAAGUACACCAGCUCCAAGUAAAAGAGUUCCACCACCUUUUCCCCAA